AUGAGCGACGUGGGCGUCUCUCUCCUCUCUUCCUCCGGCCACCAGGGCGUGCUGGACAUUCAUAACGAUAACGGCGGCGGUGGUGGAGGAGGAGAAGACAAGACUGAACAAGAGAACAAGCCCGAGCAGCCCUCGGCGCAAGGAAAAUAUGCCUACACAUACACCACGUUAGAUGGGUACUUCCUCCAAGAUGAUCCCUCCACGGUCGCCGCAGAGUUCGACUUCAUGGCCAACAAUUUUGGUCUUAUCGAUCGUCCAUAUGAAUCGGAUGAGACACUCCCCGAGAACGGCAGAGACAUGACACCUUGGCAGAGAUUCGAACACCAUAUCUCCUCAUUGAACCGCGCUGCGCAUGAGGACGAGGAAGAUGGAGAGAAAAGGAACACAAAACGGCAUGGUUCUACUGCGAGGUAUCUACUUCUGUUCCUCGGCCGGCACGGAAAUGGCUACCACAACAUCGCCGAGCGCUACUAUGGCAACGUGGCAUGGGACUGCCACUAUUCUGCGCUCGACGGCGACCCGGACGGGAUUAUGACCUGGAGUGACGCUCACUUGUCCAAGGAGGGACAGAGGCAAGCGAGGGAGGUCAAUUCAUUCUGGCAGAAACAGAUCGCGGAGCAGAAGAUGAGCCUGCCGGAACUGUGGCUGGCGAGCCCCCUCGAUAGGGCGAUGGAGACUGCCGACAUCACGUUCGCGGGCGUCCUCCCAGAUGGGGCCAAGCUGGAGGCCAUUGUGAUGGAGAAGCUGAGAGAAGGCACCGGCAUACACACGUGCGACAGACGGAGUGAUGUUUCAUACAUCCGGCAGCGAUUCCCAAGCUUCAACGUUGAUUUGGAUCCGCUUUUGACAGAAACGGAUGAGUUCUACGACCCCGACCGACGUGAACCGGAAAGCGCGUUGACAGAGCGCCUAAGAGAAUUUAUGGACAGUUUAAUGGGCCGUGAUGAUCUGAUCGGUGGGAAAGAGAGGGUCAGCAUAACCAGUCACUCAGGGGCGCUUGGUGCCCUGAUGAGAGUGUUGAACCACAGGCAGUUCAGUCUGGGCACUGGAGCCGUCAUUCCUGUGUUUGUCAAGGUUGACAAGAUUCCUCUCGAAGAUGACGAACACAAAGAGAGAAUCACCAAGAAGUCCAUCUCUAGGAAGGACAAGAGGAACGGUGGAUCGGCAGAGGGUGGAAACCACAAAGAACCUACGCUGCACUUGCCAGACCUCGAUGAGGCCGAUCAUGAUGACAACGAUGAAAGUGAAAAAGACACAGAGGAUGUGAAGCAAGCCUCAGACAGCGACCCGAACGACCGCUCGAAAUGGGAGCCCAUCCCCUCCUGCCCCGCGGAUCUGGAUCUCUCGACCGUCGGCCACAGCCGCUGGGGCGUCGGGUUGAGAGAAUACCUCGAGGGAGUGGAGAAUGGUACGGUCACGAUGGAGGAGGUGGCAUUUCGGUUUACAGCUUGA